AUGGGCAAGAUGGACAACACUUCCGUGGAGCUGAACUCUCCCUCUGAGGUGAAACAGGCAGCCCUGGAGGAGCCGGAGCCCAUCAGCCCUGAAGUUGUGAGCACCAAGAAGAAGAAGGAGAUCCCUGACAGAGGUUCCUGGAAGGGGAAAUUUGACUUCUUGCUGUCCUGUGUGGGCUAUGCUAUUGGUCUGGGCAACGUCUGGCGCUUCCCUUAUCUCUGUGGCAAAAAUGGAGGAGGGGCCUUCCUCAUCCCCUAUUUCCUGACACUGGUGUUUGCUGGGAUUCCUCUCUUCCUGCUGGAAACUGCUCUGGGCCAGUAUACUUCUAUUGGUGGACUGGGAGUCUGGAGAUUGGCACCCAUGUUCAAAGGUGUGGGACUGGCAGCUAUGGUUCUGUCCUUCUGGCUGAACAUCUACUACAUUGUCAUCAUUGCCUGGGCUCUCUACUAUCUCUUCAACUCUUUCACUGCGGACCUGCCGUGGCAGAACUGUGGGAACGUCUGGAACACAGACCGCUGCUUCUCCAACUACUCCCUGAACGACACCACCAACCUCACCAGCGCUGUCACCGAGUUCUGGGAGAGGAACAUGCACCAGAUGUCUGGAGGCCUGGGGGAGCCUGGUACCAUCCGCUGGCCUCUGGCUGGCACGCUGGCCCUGGCCUGGCUGCUGGUCUACUUCUCCAUCUGGAAGGGUGUGGAGUGGACAGGCAAGGUGGUGUAUUUCUCAGCCACCUACCCCUACUUAAUGCUUUUCAUCCUCUUGUUCCGGGGAGUCACACUGCCAGGAGCCAAGGAGGGGAUCCUCUUCUACCUCACACCUGACUUCAGGAAGCUCUCUGACUCUGAGGUCUGGAUGGAUGCAGCCACUCAGAUCUUCUUCUCCUACGGCCUGGGGCUGGGCUCCCUAAUUGCUUUGGGCAGCUACAACCAUUUCCACAACAAUGUCUACAGAGACUCCAUUAUUGUAUGUUGUAUAAACUCCACCACAAGUAUAUUUGCGGGAUUUGUUAUUUUCUCUAUCAUUGGCUUCAUGUCACACAUCACGAAGAAGUCGGUGUCAGAGCUGGCCUCCUCAGGCCCUGGACUGGCUUUCCUCGCCUACCCACAGGUUGUCACACAGUUGCCCUUGUCCCCACUUUGGUCAAUCCUCUUCUUCUCCAUGCUGAUGAUGCUGGGUCUGGACAGUCAGUUCUGCACUGUGGAAGGGUUCAUUACAGCCCUGAUGGAUGAGUAUCCUCAAGUCCUAAGAGCCAGGAAGAAGAUCUUCAUUGCAGUAGUCUGCUUCAUCUCUUAUCUCAUUGGAUUCUCCAAUAUCACCCAGGGUGGCAUUUAUGUCUUCAAGCUGUUUGAUUACUACUCAGCCAGUGGCAUGUGUCUUCUUUUUCUUGUCUUCUUUGAGACCAUCUCAAUUUCUUGGUGUUAUGGUGUGAACAGGUUUUACAGGAACAUUGAAGAAAUGAUUGGCUACAAGCCUUGCAUCUGGUGGAAGAUCUGUUGGGCCUUCUUCACACCUCUUGUCUGCCUGGGUGUGUUCUUCUUCAGUGUGGUGGAAAUGACCCCUCUGACACUGGGAAAAUAUGUCUAUCCUGCGUGGGGACAAGGCAUUGGCUGGCUCAUGGCCCUGUCCUCCAUGGUUCUGAUUCCAGGGUACAUGCUCUACUCUUUCUUCACUUCAACAGGGACUCUCCGGCAGCGUUUGCAGCAGAUGACACAGCCCAGGCCAGAGGUGCACGCUCAGAACAACGGCCUCCAGCCGAAGACGUCCUUGAAUGGGAGGAUCUCGGAUGCUGCCGUGUAG